GUUAUGUAUCUGCAGCCUCAAAUGCUCCUAUCCCCUGAACUCUUUGAAAUGGCGGCAUUAAAAUAAUACAUACUUUCGACAUUUAAAGGAGAAAACAAGUUUUUUUCUGAGAAAUUUAACUCCAGUUUAUGCAUAUUUCUUGAUUUGCACUCAGCUUAGCAAUGCCUGCAGUACGAGGAGAGGGUAUGCGUGGACUUGCAGUUUUUAUUUCCGAUAUUCGAAAUUGCAAAAGUAAAGAAGCAGAAAUAAAACGUAUCAACAAAGAACUAGCAAAUAUUCGGUCAAAAUUUAAAGGGGAUAGAGCAUUAGAUGGUUAUCAAAAGAAGAAAUAUGUUUGUAAACUAUUAUUUAUAUUUUUGUUGGGCCAUGAUAUUGAUUUUGGUCAUAUGGAAGCUGUUAAUCUCCUUAGUUCCAAUAAGUACUCAGAGAAACAAAUUGGAUACUUGUUUAUAUCUGUAUUAAUGAAUGCAAAUAAUGAGCUGAUGCGUUUAAUUAUCCAGUCUAUUAAGAAUGACCUUUCUUCUCGUAAUCCUAUUCAUGUGAAUCUAGCCCUUCAAUGCAUUGCUAAUAUUGGUAGUAGAGAAAUGGCGGAAACAUUUGGAUCUGAAAUUCCAAAAUUACUUGUGUCUGGAGAAACAAUUGACUUAGUCAAACAGAGUGCUGCACUUUGUCUGCUUCGUUUGCUACGGACCAUGCCUGAAAUUAUUCCUAGUGGAGAAUGGACUACUAGAAUCAUUCACCUUUUAAAUGACCAGCACAUGGGUGUAGUAACAUCUGCAGUAAGCUUAAUUGAUGCUUUUGUGAAGAAGAAUCCCGAGGAGUACAAAGGUUGUGUAAGUUUGGCAGUUUCAAGGCUUAGUAGGAUUGUUACUGCAUCAUACACAGACUUACAAGAUUACACAUAUUAUUUUGUACCAGCUCCUUGGCUCUCUGUAAAGUUAUUACGCCUGCUGCAGAAUUACCCACCACCUGAGGACGCUGGAGUAAGAGGUCGUUUGAUUGAGUGCCUUGAAACUAUUUUGAAUAAAGCCCAAGAACCUCCAAAGUCAAAGAAAGUACAGCAUUCCAAUGCCAAAAAUGCAGUUUUGUUUGAAGCUAUUAGUUUAAUAAUUCAUAUGGACAGUGAACCAAAUCUUCUCAUCCGUGCAUGUAAUCAAUUGGGCCAAUUUUUACAACACAGAGAAACAAAUCUGAGGUACCUUGCUUUGGAAAGCAUGUGCUUGUUAGCAACUUCAGAAUUUUCUCACGAUGCUGUGAAAAAACACCAAGAAACUAUUAUAAAUGCAUUAAAAACUGAAAGAGAUGUCAGUGUUCGUCAGAGAGCUGUAGAUUUAUUGUAUGCUAUGUGUGAUAAAAGCAAUGCAGAAGAAAUUGUUGGGGAAAUGUUGGCAUAUUUGGAAACUGCUGAUUAUUCAAUUCGGGAAGAAAUGGUACUGAAAGUUGCUAUCUUAGCUGAGAAAUAUGCAUCAGAUUAUACUUGGUAUGUUGAUGUAAUUUUGAAUUUGAUACGAAUGGCAGGAGAUUAUGUUAGUGAAGAAGUAUGGUACAGGGUUAUCCAAAUUGUCAUUAAUAGAGAUGAUGUGCAAGGUUAUGCUGCGAAAACCGUGUUUGAGGCUUUACAAGCUCCUGCUUGUCAUGAAAACAUGGUAAAAGUUGCUGGCUACAUUUUGGGUGAAUUUGGAAACCUUAUAGCUGGUGACCAAAGAUCUAGUCCCUUGAUACAGUUUCAGCUUCUACACUCCAAAUAUCAUCUCUGUCCUGCAGCAACGAGAGCAUUGCUUUUAACUACAUAUAUCAAGUUUAUAAACCUGUUUCCGGAAAUAAAGCAUGAAAUUCAAAUUAUUUUAAAAAGUGACAAUAAUAUAAGAAGUGCUGAUGCUGAAUUACAGCAGCGCACUGUAGAAUAUCUUCAACUCAGCACCAUAGCUACAUCUGAUGUUUUAGCAACAGUAUUAGAAGAAAUGCCUCCAUUCCCAGAAAGAGAAUCAUUUAUUCUAGCGAUAUUGAAGAAGAAGAAACCUGGUGUUGCUGAAGGGUUACCUCCAAAUGCUGUAACCAAAGAACAUCCUUCAUUAUUUAAUCACAAUACUACAAACAGCAUUGAGAUGAAUAACUCUGAUCCUGGCGCUACCGGUGAUCUCCUAGGAAUAGCAAGUACUCCAACAGCCCCUCAGACACACUCUGCAUCUUCUACAAAUGAUCUCUUAGUUGACGUUUUUGGUGAUCUUGCUGCUAACACUCCUUCCUCUCCUACUCUUGCUCCAGGUGCUGUUGUAAUUUCAAAUGAAGAAGGCCUUUACAAGUUGGUGUGUAAAAAUAAUGGCGUUCUGUUUGAAAAUGAUUUACUUCAAAUUGGUGUUAAAAGCGAGUUCAGGCAAAAUUUAGGACGGAUUGGUCUUUUUUAUGGAAACAAAACACCAUUACAGUUUCAUAGUUUUACACCAAAUGUUUCCUGUUCAGAUACAUUAAGCAAAAAAAUAAAUAUACAAUUUAAACCUGUUGAACCAACUAUAGAGGCUGGAGCUCAAGUUCAGCAACAAUUAAAUGUUGAAUGUAUUGAUGAUUUUAGUGAAAAACCUGUACUAACAGUACAAUUUAUGUAUUCAAAUGUUCUCCAAAAAUUAAAUAUGAAGCUACCAGUAACUGUAAAUAAGUUCUUUGAACCUACUGUGAUGAAUUCUGAAGCGUUUUUCACCAGAUGGAAAAACUUAAACAACCCUUCCCAAGAAGCACAACGAAUAUUUAAAGCCAAAUAUCCUAUGGACACAGAAACUACAAAGACAAAAUUGAAUGGAUUUGGUAUUCAGCUGCUAGAGGGCAUUGAUCCUAAUCCAGAGAACUUUGUCUGUGCUGGUAUUAUUCAUACACGUGCUGUUCAAGUCGGCUGUUUGUUGAGACUAGAACCGAAUCGCCAAGCUCAAAUGUAUCGACUGACAGUGCGGACUAGUAAAGAUUCAGUAUCUAAGGAAUUGUGUGAACUUUUGCAUGAUCAAUUUUGACCUGCAUUUUCGUCAGCAAUUAUUCUGACAUAAGACACCAAGAAUUGUUGCACUAUAUUCAAUUUACUGUGCUUUAAGGGUUGAGAAAAUUAAACUGAUCCUUAGAAUUCUAUCUUCAGGCCAGGAGCUACAAAUACUCAGAGUGCUUAUGCUCGUUUCCAAAAUUUUAUUCCUGAGCUGUGGUGAAAACUUGUGGGGCCAUAAGGUCUCAGAUUUUGCAUUUUUGAAGGGAACUUGAAAAAUAAGUAUUCACUGUUGGACAGAGAUGCCAGGAUGCAUUAGAAAUAUGAAUUUUUAUUAAUGUUUUUACUAUAAAAUUGCAUCUUCAUUUAUAUUCUUCCAUCACAAUCAUUCCCAGCGUGUAUGUAACUUGUAGUAGAUGCUUUUCAUAAACAGAUAACAGUAUUUUGCUUUAAUUACAAACAUUUUACAGCGUACAUAAAUAUUUAAAAUUCGAUAUUUGUUUUUUA